UUCUAAGUCCUAUCAGCUGACAGGUGGACUAAACAGUAUCCUUUGAAAUAUUUUUCAUUUUCAAGUAUUCAGAGUAACAACUAAAACAAUAAGUAUGACUAUAUUUUAAUUUGUUUUUGAAAAGACAAAAGCAAUUUCUUUUUACAAAAAUUAUUCAAUUUCCUUACAAUUUUUAAUUUUAUUGCCAUUCUUAUUCUCUCUAAUCCCACUGCGCACUGCGGGUAUGGGUAAACAGUAAUAUCCUUUCAAAGGAUAUUAGUCUGAUUCACUGAACCGGUAACACAAACACUUGCUUGCUUCGAAGAUCCUUAAGAUUUUGUGUUGUUUCAUUUUACCUGAACUAUCGCUGUUAUUAUUUAAAAAAUGGACUAUGUCGAAGAAGUAGAAUGCAAACCGAAUAAAGUUUACGACUUCUAUGCUGACAUAAAAGUUCAUAUUGAGGAUGGGGGUGUAAUCAUGAAAGAGGGAGUUCCCUUGAAAGCCGAUUGCUAUGAAAGGAUGCUGAGAGAAGUACACUUUUACCGGAAAAUGAAUAUGGCAAAAAAGUACACUCACCGGUACUCAGAUUUCACACACCAAGGCAAGAAACUAAUUUGUGAACAAGACUUUUUGGAUGCCAUGAAGAAUGGAAAUAGGCCUACCUUUACCAUAGAUGCCUAUGUCUAUUUACAGGACAAUACUGUUGGUUGGCUGAGGUUCAUCCCUCAAGAGAUGAAACACACCUAUUACGUCGACGACUAUUGAAAAAGAUUAUUUGAUUUUCCCGUAUGUUCAUCAUGCAAUAUAUUUAGGAAGUAAAUUAUGUUCAUGAGU